UAUGGAUCCAAAAUAUAUUGAACACGAUGCUUACACGAUGUUUUGUCAAAUUAUGAAAACAGUUGAGCCAUGGUAUAUAUCCAAGGAACUAACAUCUCAACAAGUGCAUGUACGAAAGCUAUCUCUUGAGCCAUUUAGCAAGCAGCAUGAUGUUAGUCCAUCAAAUGCAAUUGUUUUCAAGCUUGCGAGAAUUCACGACCAUUUACUUAAGAGGUUUGAUCCCGAACUGAGGAAAUGCCUGGAAGAUAAUGAUAUAAUUCCUCAGUUUUAUGGAAUACGCUGGAUCAGAUUACUAUUUGGUCGGGAAUUUCCAAUGCAAGAUCUUUUGGUGAUUUGGGAUGCCCUAUUUUCUGACGGACUGAGUUUAGAUUUAGUCGACUAUAUUUUCACAGCCAUGCUUAUUUAUAUUCGAGAUCAAUUAAUAAGCAGAGAUUACGCUAGCUGUCUGAGCGUUCUGAUGAGAUAUCCACCUGCUCCCGAUAUUCAGUACUUUAUUGAUUUGGCUUUGCAUUUACGUGAUCCUAAGCAUUAUCAGAAACCGGUAUCUGCAACUUUUAUGAACCAUGCCCCUCGCAAGUCUGGUGCUGUCACAAACGAACCAGUUAAAUCCGGUGAAUCCGCUAAGAGGACUAGUGUUAUUUCAAAAUUUUCCUUCAAGAAAGAGAGAAAGGGGAAUGAAAGGCCUAACAGUCUAUUGGUAUUGAAUUCAACUCUACAAGAAAACGCUUUGUCAUCUCCUGAUGAUCGUUAUCAAAAAAGAAAAUCUUCGGUACCCACUCCUAUUUUAUCUUCACAAAAAAUAUCUAAUUUUUCUAAGUUUCCGAGUCUCUCUGCGUCAUCUACAAAUUUAGCUAUCCCAAAUGACUCUCUUUAUCAAAAUAAUUCCAACCUCAGUAUCCUAAAUCAAGACUCUAAGCCGCCAUUUCCUUCAGGGUCUUUGUCGACACCAAUUCAAAGCAAACGAAUAAAUCAUUCAGCAAAAAAAAUUACAACUGUCGAUAGAGAACAUGCAAUACUAACCGGUAGACUGAAAGACAAGGAAAUUUUGAUUAAUUUUUGUAGCCUUCAAUUAAAUGAGCACAUUGAAAAAUUGAAGAAGCCUUAUAAAGAAAUAGACUUGGAAGAUAUUUUGCGAAAUCUUUCUAAGACUCGUGACAUUCUAAACGGGACGAUAAAACUCCCAUCAAAUCUCUUGGAAAAAGAAAAUGUUCCGAGAGUGAAUCCAAUAAAAGAAGUGGAACUAAGAAAUGUUAACAAUUCUCAAAAUUUAGAAUAA